AUGUGGUAGUGUGCGUUGCCGUAUUGGUCUGUGUGUGUGGUUGUGUCUAAUUGUUUAUCAUCGCUGUGUUAUCUUUGGAACCGUCGGUCUUCAAAUCCCUCUUUUCAAUAUUUUAAUUAAAAUAAUUUUACAAACUAGUUCGUCAUGAGUUCUAUUGGCACAGGGUAUGAUUUGUCUGCAUCACAAUUCUCACCAGAUGGAAGAGUGUUUCAAGUAGAAUAUGCACAAAAAGCCGUGGAGAAUAGUGGGACAGUAGUUGGUCUUCGCGGAACGGACGGAGUUGUCUUAGCUGUCGAAAAGUUAAUCACUUCCAAACUGUAUGAACCUGGCACUAACACAAGAAUUUUCAAUGUUGAUACACAUAUAGGAAUGGCUGUUUCUGGCUUGAUCUCCGAUGCCAGGCAACUCGUGGAAAACGCCAAAACAGAAGCUUCUAACUAUCGCUCACAAUAUGGCAACAACAUCCCACUGAAGUACCUCAAUGACCGAGUUUCAAUGUACAUGCAUGCAUACACACUGUACAGUGCUAUCAGGCCAUAUGGUUGCAGUGUCCUUGUCUCUUCCUGGGAUGAGGUGGAUGGACCAUCAUUAUACAUGAUGGACCCUUCGGGAGUAUCUUACGGUUACUAUGGAUGUGCUGUAGGCAAAGCAAAACAGGCAGCCAAAACAGAAAUAGAAAAACUUAAAUUACAUGAUAUGAAAAUUGAAGAUCUUGUUAAAGAAGCCGCUAAAAUAAUCUACUUAGUCCAUGAUGAAUUGAAGGAUAAGCAAUUCGAGUUAGAACUUAGCUGGAUUGGCAAAAACACAAAUGGUCUCCAUCAAAGAGUGCCACUCAAAGUUUUUCAAGAUGCAGAAAAGUAUGCGAAAGCAGCAAUGGAGGAAGACUCAGACUCCAACUCAGAAGAUAUGUAAUUUAUUUUUAAUUUUUUUUUAAUUGUUUACUUUUAUUUCUAAGGCCCUUUUUUGUAUUAACUUGUAAAACUUUCCUGGUUACAAGUCUUUUUUGUAAAUUAAUUAAAUGAAUUAAUAAAACAAAAAUAUUUUU